GACUCCGAGUCUCCCCAGGAAGUUUCAGAGAAGACCAAAGAGCAGCAGGCAGAGACGGAGCUUCGCAGACUGAGGCAGCAGUUCCGUAAAAUGGUGGACAGCCGGAAGGCCUUUAACUUCCGCUCCCAGCAGAAAAUCACAAACCAGCACAAAGAAAUCAAGACGCUGCAAGACGAGCGGGAUGAGAUCACCCUGCUUCUGAGUCUCAUCAAGUCCUCCAAGAACAUGAAUCUGAAUGAGAAGAACUACUUGGAGGUGCGGUUCCUGCUGCAAACCAAGGAGGAUUACGAGUCCCUGAUUCAAUCCACGAAGCUGCUGCUGCUGGAGCUGGAUGAGAAGAUUACUGAGAUGGAGAAAAAGAUUAUAAACCAAAGGCAGAUCUUCACCAAAAUGCAGGAGGCCAAUAACCCCCGAAAACUGCAAAAACAGAUCCACAGUUUGGAAACUCGUUUGAAUCUUGCUACCAUCCACUUUGACAAUAUGCUGACCACCAACGCCAAGCUCCGGAAGGAGAUUGAGGACCUCCGGUUUGAGAAGGCCGCUUACGACCAUGUCUACCAGCAGCUGCUCCGGCGCCUGUUCAUGCAGAAGAAAACCAUGAAUGUGGCCAUAGAGCAGUCUGCUCAGGCCUACGAACAGAGGCUGGAAGCCAUGGCCCGUAUGGCUGCUCUGAAGGACCGGCAGCAGAAGGACAUCUCUCAGUACAACCUGGAGAUCCGUGAACUGGAGCGUAUCUAUGCCCACGAGCACAAGCUCAAGUCCUUCCUGCUCAUCAAGCUGAACGAUCGCUCAGAGUUUGAGGAGCAAAGCAAAAAGGAGGAAGCUCUCAAAGUAAAGAAAUAUGGGAAGAAGAGCAAGGGGGAGAGUUUCGAAAGCUACGAGGUAGCCCACCUCCGGCUGCUCAAGCUGUCUGAGAAUGGGAACCUGAACGAGCUCAUCAAAGAAUUCCUGGCCAAGGAGGAGAAGAACUUUGCUCGGUUCACCUACGUCACAGAGCUCAACAACGACAUGGAGAUGAUGCACAAGAAGACCCAGAGGAUCCAGAAUGAGAUCGGCCUCUUGCAAUCCCAACAGAAAUCUUCCAAUGAUGACAGCCGUUCUGCCCUGAGACAACUAGAGGAGAAACUGAAGCAGAUUACGGAGGAGGCAGAUGUAUAUGAGAAAAAAUACAAGGAGAUCAGCAUGACCUUGGACUACCUCAAGAAAUCGGUGGAGAAUCUCUUCAAGAAGAUCAACUGUGAUACUAGCAAGAUCCUGGUGCAGCUCGGAGAGACAGGAAAGAUCACAGACAGUAAUCUCCCGCAGUAUUUUGCCAUCAUUGAAAAGAAGACCAAUGACCUGCUGGUGUUAGAGGCUUACAAACGGUUCAUGGAGAUAGAAGGGGUGGAGACAGAGGCCCCUAUACCCUUCACCAACCCUUUCUGGGGCGGUUCGGCUCUCCUCAAGCCCUUGGAAGCCAUCAAGGUCGUACCUCCAGUGUUCGGGUUGGAUCUCUUCAAUGAGAAACUGGAUUAUGCAGAGCAGCCGCUGGAUCAUGGCAGUCUUCGGCAGCUGGUGCUGGAAAACUGCAAAACAAGGGAGUCCCGGCAAGUGCGCCUGGAUAGUGAAUCCAAACGGAAAAGCUAA